ACCCAUCAAGAAGUCGGAGCACCCCUAUCAACUCCUGGAUCGACGACCCGCUCAAGAAGGAACACUUAUGGGAUUCAUCCUAUCGUUCCAGUCCCACUUAAACUUGAACACCGAAAAAUCACGUUGCCGCGUAGUACUCACAGAGCUUUUUCACCGCAGUUGGGCUGAACCAACUUACAUUAGCUUUCGUAACUAGUCAAUUGUGCAUUGGCCACUUCUGCAAUGCGCAUGGAUAAAUAAGACAAGCGGUGUCCGAUCUCUUUCGAUAGUGUACGCAUUUUCCACAGCCGUAUCUGAUUGCCAUGAGUGGAGAUAUCCGGCUGCGCAGUGUUGCAUCUGGUACCUCCGAACGACCCAUUUCUUCAGGGGAUUCAGGACUCAUUACGUCGGCUCAUUUGGUGUCGAAUGGAGACGGCGAUGAGGACGACGCUGGUCUGGAUGCGAUCACUCCCGAUUUGAACGCAGCGGAGAAAUUCAACCAAGGCACCGGCUACGUUCCGACUUUCAUCAAGUCAAUCACACGCCAUUUACCACAACGUUGGGUCAACUGGACUGUGCGCUUUUUCACCACUGUUUUACUCCUGAGCACAUUCAGCUUUUUGGUCUAUCUGGGCCCGCUGGCUCUCGUCCUGCUGGUGUUGGUGCUUCAGUUAGCCUGCUUCUACGAGAUUAUCAACAUCGGUCUGGUCGUCUAUCGAUCCCAUGAUCUUCCUUGGUUUCGAGUUCUCUCCUGGUACUUCUUGUUCUCUUCAAACUAUUUUCUCUUCGGCGAGAGCCUUAUCACCAGAUUUCGUUUACUGUUAGCCAAAGAGGAUUUUCUCCAGCCACUGGUCACACAUCACCACUUUCUGUCCUUCUCGUUCUACUGUUCCGGCAUUGUGCUAUUUGUGCUGAGCCUAGUGAAGAAACAUUACAUCAAACAAUUCACCCUAUUCGGCUGGACUCAUGUCACCUUGCUGAUUGUCGUGUUCACCUCGCAUUUCCAAAUCUACAACAUUUUCAAUGGCAUCAUUUGGUUUCUUCUGCCUGUAUCCCUGGUGAUUUGCAACGAUAUUAUGGCAUACGUAUUCGGGUUCUUUUUCGGCAAAACUCCUCUGAUCAAGCUAUCCCCCAAGAAGACUUGGGAAGGCUUUGUUGGCGGUGGCCUCGCCACUCUAUUGUUCGCCCUUGUUUUCUCCCUCGUUCUGCUACAGUUCGACUAUUUUGUUUGCCCAGUGGAACUGGACGAAUCCACUGGAGCACAAACGUUCAACUGUACGCGGAAUCCUGUAUUCAUUCCAAAAGUUUAUGAUGUGCCCAAUCUGCUCUUCAUGCUACCUUUCCGUCGAGUCACUUGGUACCCAUUCCUGUGGCACGCCCUUCUCAUUGCCUUGUACACCUCUGUUGUCGGUCCUUUCGGUGGAUUCUUUGCAAGUGGAUUUAAGCGAGCGUUCCGUAUCAAAGACUUUGGUGAUGUAUUUCCUGGACAUGGUGGUGUGGUCGAUCGCUUCGACUGCCAAUUCAUUGUUGGUGUCUUCGUCUUCAUCUACUAUAACUCCUUCGUUCGAGUUCACAGUCCAACCUCACUGUUGUCAAGGAUUUACGUACUUUCGGUUCAUGAGCAGCUCAAUUUCUACCGAUUGUUGACCAAGGGCUUGGUUCAUCGUGGUAUUUUGCCGCCACAGGCAGUACCAGCUGUGGAAGCGAUGCUUGUAUCGAUGAACUUCACUACGUCCUCUCUGGACAUAUGACACCAGUCGAUUCUUCUUCUAUCUCGUUCUCCAUCGUGUGCGUCUCCGCUGUUGUGUCGAAGUAUAACAAACUUCCUUACUUUCCGUACUCAUUCGAACUGUGAUCUUAAGCGGUCGUGCUUUCCUCCACAGCCUCUCACCGACCCCGCAGAAUCCUCCAACACUACUGUUCUAUAUUCCCUUCCUCCGUACUGGAUCCACUGUUCCCCUCAUCCAAGCUAGUAACUUCAUCUAUUUAUCUUUUGUUUUUGCCGUUAUCGUCAUGAUCAUCGUCCGAUAAACACGGGCUCUGUGAAUUUGCUUAUAUGUCCUCAGAAUGUAUUCCAAGACUAUCUCAAUGUAUGUGCCACUCUUGUGCACUUUCACACUGAGUUGGUGGUUUUGGAGAUUUCCACCACUUUGUUGUCAUUCUCAUACAGAGUAGUUCGGCAUCUGCGUUCCAUUGUGUUACUGAUAUGUCAACUAGUGCGCUGGCUUACACUGCAUUAUGUACUCCACACUAAUCUCGAAUACUGAAUUUCUCA